AUUCUUUUCUUUUUUCUUUUUACAUAUUUUUUCAUCAUGAGUGAAAUUUCUUCAUCAAUUAGAAUAUAUACGUCAAACAAUGCUUUAAUAAACAGACGCGUGGAUAUGUUUGAUCAGCAAGAUGAUACACAUCUAUAUUCAGCUCAUUGGUUCUUUAAGAAUUCAAAACUUACAGAACUUCAAGAUCAUGAAAUAUGGGGUGCCUUGAACAAACGGUCUCUACAAGAGUUGAACCAUUCAAGACAAUCUUCUCUUGACGAUCCAUUUGGACGCUCUAUUUUGAAUAUCAGAAAAAGACAUGCAACAGUAGCUUGUGAUGAUCAAUACCACGCUUAUAACAACAGCAACAACAAUAACAACGAAGUGCAUAAUGACCACUUUUAUUGGAAUCAGCUUUUAUCCUCUACAUGCGAAACACAAUUCUGGCAUCACCUGGCUAGUUUUAUAAAAUACUGUAUGAAGAGUGAAUAUCAUCAGCCCCAGUACUUUAAAUCAGUUCUUUCCUGUAUAGGUCAUCGCCUUCGACUCUCUGGGUCAGAUCUUCAUGUCGUCGCAUAUCAAUGUCAAAAUUUGGAUAUGCAAGGAAUGUUGAUUAAGGAUUAUACAAUCAGAGCCAUGCGUAUAACAACUCAGUAUCAUGAUCCUAUUGCAACUAUUCAGUCUUGUGGAUACCCCGUUAGUAUGGAACAAAACUUGAUUUGGCUUUCCGAAGCUGGUGUCACGGAUCAGGUUCGAAAGAUAUUUGCUCACUAUUUUCCUAAAUGUUCAUAAGCUGUAUAUUUUCAUUGGAAGAAGUGGUAUAUAUAUUUAAUUAUGAUAUUUACUUCAAUUGUGUGUAUAUUUUAUAUAUAAAAGAAAAUCGAUAGAUAGUACUUUUAAGCCUGCAUAAAGCAUCGACAAAGCGUGUGACAGAUAUGAUUAUUUUACAAAGGGCAUAUUUUGAGUCUUGCCUUCCUAAUCUAUUUAUUCAUUCUUUUUCAAAGAGG